AUGCUCUCCAGGUCCAGCGCCUUCUAUCUGAUGGCCAUCUCUGUGGCUGACAACCUUGUUCUGAUCUUCAUUGUGGUUCUUGAGCUUUCUUUUAAGUACCACCAGAAGGAGCCAUAUUGGAGCUAUGAGCCAUGGUGCAGCCUCAGAGACAUUUUUAACUACGGAGCCUACAAUGCCUCAACAUGGCUGGUGGUUCUCUUUACAGUGGAACGUUUUGUCGCUAUCCACACCUGGAAGAUUAAAACUAAAAUCUGCACUCCAAGAUGCGCAGCAUGCACUAUAGUAUCCAUCUUCGUCUUCAGUCACCUAUUUGCCAUUCCUUACUACUGGUCUAAUGACUCAGUCUAUGAGAACAACCAGACCACGUGCAUAUAUGCGCAGGAGGCCCCGAGCCAUUUCAUUCACACCUUGGUUUGGUUUCAAACACUGCAGUCCUACAUACUCCCCUUCCUCAUCAUCCUCACACUUAACGGGCUGACCCUACGUCUGAUCUCUCUCAGGAACCGGGUUCACAUCAGCACAGAGGCGACUUCCCGGGUUCAGAGAGUCAAGCCUCUACUUCGCUCCAGGAUGAGAAAGUCUGUGGUCCUUUUGGUGACCGUAUCCAUGAGUUUCGUGCUGCUCUCCGUCACCCGUGCCAUAACUCAGAUCGUCCUCCGCACAACUGACAUGUACACCUUGGAUCGCAACGAUUAUAAUCUCGGGGUGAAUAUAGCAGCAGACACUGGCACCAUGCUGAGCCUGAGCAACGCUGCAGCUAACAUGUACCUGUAUGUGUGCACCCAGUCCAAGUUCCGCCAGGAGUUCUUAGCUUGUGUCAGACGAGUUACCUGCUGCUGUAAAACAAAACCGUAG